AUGCAAUUAAAAUGUGCAGAAUAUCUAAAAGAAGCUGUAUUUUAUUUAUUCAAAUAUAGGUUAACACAAAUAUAGAAUAAAUUCGAUAUUCAUUUAUGUCGAAAGCAUGUAAAUAGAUUGCAUAAUUACUACCUUUUCAAUCAAUGUGGCAUCUAUUACUUAAAUAAGAGAAUCUCUUUUUUUAUAUGUUGAUGCUCUAAUCAAUGUUUGGUUAAAAUAUCAAAAUGCUCUUAGAACUAAUAAUUGAAAGAUUUGCACCAAUUACAUAAUUUUAGAUUUAAUUCUUAAAUGCUUGUACAUUGGUGUUUUCAUAAGAUACUUAUAUGUUGUCAGAUGUAAUCAAAAGUCAUCUUCCAAACAUAUAUAAAGAGUGUAUAACUUAACUACAGUUUUUUAUCAAACAAAUUCCUAAAAAUGAUUCUAAGGAAGGUUAGUCAGUUGCAGAAUAAAUAGCUUAGGCUUACAAAACCAUUUUGGGAAAUAUUCAUGAUUAAUAAGUUACUAUCGAACUCUAUACAAGUCUACAGCAAAUUGUUCACAAAUGGCCUUUGAUACACGAUAUAAAUCCUUUAAUUUUUCAUGAGGUUGAAGAAAUUAUUGCAAUGAGAACUCCUAGAAAUGUGGAGAUCUAAUUCUAUGAAGAACCAACUGAAUGUGAUAGCCCAUCUAAAUCCAAUUCAAUUAGAAAAGAAAAUUAGAUAGUAGUUGAGUUAUAAAGAUGGCUCAGUAAAAUGAAUUAUCCUAUUCCUAUAAUAUCCAAAAGAAUAGCCAGCAGUGUUAUUAAUUCAUAAAAUAUUUUUAAAUUAAAAGAAAACAUUGAGAUUAUGCUCUCAUUUAUAUAUUGUCCCUUAAAAUACGAACCUGCAAAUUGUGUAUAAAUUUCAAUAAUUUUUAUAUUUACACAUUUUUCAUGUUAUAUUAAGAAAAAAAUUAAAAUUUAUUUGAAAAUUUCUAACCAUAUUGGCCUUCAUUAUUUUUUUUUAAUCUUUCAUUUAUUUGGAGAGAUUUUAAGCAAUCUUUACAAACUAUAAUGAAUUUAAUUGAAUUAUUUGCUUUGGAUUAUCUAUUUUUAAGAUACAUAUUAAAUUUAGGAAAUAUAUAAUUAGAAUAAUAUAAAAAUAGACUUAUAAACGCACCUACUCCUUUUGCCCUAUUUCCCAUAAGAAAAGAUCCAAGACAGUGAAAAUUGAGCUCAAACAGAUAGAAAAAUCAAAAAGAAGAAAAACUUCUCUGAUUUUACAUAUAUUUUGAUUUUCAGAAUAUUACUAUAAAAUUUAUAAAAAUUUAUUUGA